AUGACCGGCGGCGGCAACGGUGGCCGCGGCGCGUGCGCGGUGUGCAAGCACCAGCGGCGCAAGUGCGAGCCCAACUGCGAGCUUGCCACCUACUUCCCGGCGCACCGGAUGAACGACUUCCGCGCGCUGCACCUCGUCUUCGGUGUGGCCAACCUCACCAAGCUCAUCAAGGCCAACGCCAGCGACGCCGCCCGCCGCCGCGCCGCUGAGACGCUCACCUGGGAGGCCCGGUGGCGGGAGCGCGACCCCUCGGACGGGUGCUACCGCGAGGUCUCCUGCCUGCGCCGCGACAACGCCGUGCUGCGCGCCGAGAACGCCGCGCUGCGGAGGCAGCUGGCCGAGCAGCAGCAGCUGCUGCUCUGCUGGUCGAAUGCCUGCAGCAAUACUGGCGGCGCGCUCCUGCACAGCGCCAGUGCCAACAACGGCACGCCGCCGUGUGGGGGCGAUGGACUGCUAACGGCGGCGAGACCUCAUCAUGCACCGGCAGCUCCGGCGGCAAUGCACACCACGUUGGCCUACCGUGGCAUGCCGGUGUGCACUAUGACGACGGCCAACGGCGGCGGCAGGAGGCCGGCAUCGGAUGCAGCCGCCAUCGCAAUUAGAGGAGGUGGUGGUCAGGUCGACGCUUCUAGGGAUAACAAAAGCAGCGCCAGGUGA